AUGACGAAAAAGGUCAGCGACACCAGUGCUGCGCCCUACGCACAACGCAGCCUCCCGCACCUCUAUACGCACCCUAAAGGAGUGGUCGCCCAAAUGGACAACGCCCAACAGCAGCUCGAGGAAAUGCCUACAAGAGUUUUACAUUCAUAA